GACUUUUCAUAAAAUUAACCAUAACAAUUCCUUCUUUUCAACUUUACUUUCUUCCUCUCCCUUCUCUUUUAUCAUUUUACAUACGUUUUUGCUGGAAUCUUGUUAAGAAUUAUCCCUCUUUGAUUCUUUUCGCCCUUUUCAUCCUUAUAUCUUUUCCUCUUGAGCCAAUUCCUUCAAAUUUCCUCUCGUUCUUCUUUUGAUUUUUCUAUCUCUUUAAUAACAAUGACUUCAGUCACCGCCUUUGUUGACGGAGACCUAAGUAACGAUCUCAUUAACCUUAUUAUUCCAGAUCAGGGAAAGAGAGAAGAGGAUAAGGAGAAAGGGAAUCAUAUGGGCAUUGUGGUGGUGAGUGAUGGGGUAUGUGCAAUUUGUUUGGAUGCUAUUGAGCUCCAAGAAACUGCCCUCAUCAAAGGUUGCGAACAUGCCUACUGUGUGAACUGUAUUCUACAAUGGGCAACCUACCAUGAGCAUCCUAAAUGCCCUCAGUGCAAAAAUCCAUUUGAAUCACUUAGUGUUCAUCGUUCGCUUGAUGGAAGUUUGCAUGACUACAUGUUGGAAGAAAGCGUUUGCCUGCUUGUGAGGGCUUCGUGGUUUAAACCCUUGGUUGUGGAGCCUCAAGAUGACUUCUAUGAUGAUUUUGAUGAGAUUUUUUACUAUCAAUAUCAAUAUCAGAUUGAAUACGAGAAUCUCGAGGAUGAGGAUCUUGAGGAUGCUUACUUCAAUACACCAAGCUUAUGCAUUGGCAACCGAAGGUGGGGACAUAAUGGAUACGUUAGGGCAGGUCGCCAGGAGGCUAGGCCGGUUUUAAGAUCAAACCCCCAAAAUGUUAAUGCUUGUUCUUCCCGUCAGCGGAAGCAGAAAGAGGUACAAAGGGAGUCUGAUGCAGGCUCUUCUCAUUCGCCUAAGCAAAAAGAGGUUGGGAAGGAUCUAAUGGGUAGACGUGCCAAGAGGGCUCAAAAGCGCGAAGCUGCUGAUAAGGCUGCUGCUGCGAAACAUCAACAACACUUGGUUAGGUUAGGUAGGCUUCCAGUUUCUGAUGUGGGUGUUGAGGAAAACCACACAAGCCUGUAGUCUUGUGUUUUGCCUUUCACAUCCUAUGUACAGUAUAUGUUCUAUUUCUGAAUUUCUGCUUCGUACAAUAAUGAUGCCUUAAUUGAACGGUGUGGUAAGGAAGUGUAAUACACUGCUAAUAGAUAUCUUAGCUGUUAUUAUUCCAUGUUGAUUAGUAUUCUUCAAGGAAGUAAUUUGUUCAUGUAAUUAAUCUCUUAUUAGAAAGUGGAUGCUGUAUCUUCAAGCAAAGUAAAGUUCUUUUUCUA